AUGAAUGAUGUUGAGUGGUCCACUUCGGCCAGGGUCGAUCUGAAAGAUACGCCCCUGGAUGGGGGGGAGAACUUCUAUAUCGAUGGCUCAUGUUCAAGACCGUCUGAUGGAGUGUAUCUGUGUGGAUAUGCCAUUGUGACACAGGAGGGUGGGAGGGUGGAGGCAUAUCGCCUGAACCAUAACUCAGCACAGGCUGCAGAAAUAAUUGCAUUAACAAGAGCAUGUGAGUUAACAAAAGGCAAAAGAGCCACCAUCUAUACGGAUAACAAAUAUGCGUACGGGGUCGUUCAAGACUUCGCCCAGACUUGGGCUAGACGAAAUUUUCAGACAUCUGAGGGCAAACCAAUAUCACAUGCAGAGUUGGUGGGAGAUCUAUUACAAGCUGUAAUGUUGCCAUCUGAACUAGCUGUAGUUAAGGUCAAGGGACAUGUGUCAGGAGAUGAACCAGACGCUGUUGGCAACAGAAAUGCUGAUGAGAUGGCCAAAUGGGCUGUGGAACAUGCAGAGUUUUCCCAUAUCAGAGAGCGCAGAGUAGGGACGUAG